AUGGGUCUAAACAAGCAACAAAGAGAGAAGUUUUUGACAUCUCAUAUGAAUUACAAGUAUAACUUACUUCACAUACUGCCGAGCAUCAGUCAGCCUCAGUUGUCAGGUGUGUACUUCAAGAGCUUUUGUAACGCAUCAAAGAGAAAUCAAGUGACGCUACCAGAACAGAUCGUAGCGGAUAGUGUGAAGUUUUGUGGCUCUUGUGGCAUUGUCUUCAUUAGUGGGGUCAAUAUGAGGAUGCGUCUAGUGGAGGAGUGUGAUGAUAAUGGAAAAAUCCUGAGAACGUUGCAAUAUACAUGCAUCAAUUGUAGCCACGUCAAGAACCUUUUCUUCGAUCAAAAAGAUACUAGCUGUUCAGAGAAAUCGAAAGAGCACUUCGUCGCGACCUGGCCAGUACCCAAACCCAAUUCAUCUGACACAGAGAAUAAUGGAAAAGUCAAGAAGAAUGCAGCAAAGGAAAGGGCGAAAAAGAGAAAGAUGAAUACACUAACAAAUAUACUCUCCAAAAAAAGAGAAACAGAGCAAAAGAAAAAUAAGUUAUCAUUAAGUUUAGAAGAUCUGCUCAAGAAUUAG